CAAUUAAUGAGCAAAGUUGUGUGAGAGGUAGAUUUCAACAUGGCGGGUUAUUCAUCUGACAACUCCAGAGUUAAGGGUACUAUAAUAACAAAGCAGAUAAUAUUUGGAAAUAAAUCGUCAUACUUUGGUAAGAAACGUGAAACUGACGGGCAUACCCAUUCAUGGACAUGUUAUUUUAAAUCAUUUAACAACGAAGAUAUGUCUUCAUAUAUCAAGAAAGUACAGUUUAAACUUCACGAAAGUUAUGCUAAUCCAACAAGAGUUCUCUCAAAACCUCCUUACGAAGUGAAUGAAACAGGAUGGGGAGAAUUUGAAAUCCAAAUUAAAGUGUAUUUUAUGGAUCCUGUUGAACGGCCAGUGACACUGUAUCAUCUUUUAAAACUUUUCCAAACAGAAGCAGCAUUAGCAUCUGGAAAGAAAAACUUAGUAUCCGAAUACUAUGAUGAAAUUAUAUUUCAAGAUCCUACUCAGAUGAUGCAUCAAUGUCUUUUAAGUACUAGGCAAAUUCCUUUUAGCAAACAAGAUACAGACUGGGUAGAGAAAGAGCAAAGAACAUUACAGUCCAUCUCAAUUGCUCGUCAAAAAAUCAGCAAUGAAAUAAGUGAACUAAAUGAACGUUUAAAAGCUAGUAAAGAAGCCAUUCAGCAUUUUCAGAAAGAAAUUCAAAAAGUGGAAAAGGAACAAGAUGAUCAAAUUUUCCCUGCAGUCAAUCUCACACAGUGAAGAAAACUUGUAUUUAUUCCUUUGUUCUAGCUACAUGCUUUGUAUGUAGAUCACAGAAGUCAUGUACAAAUUUUAUUUUACAUGUAGUAUAAUAUGUUAUAUUUGCUAGAAGUUAAGAUCAUCAUCAGGAUCUUCUUCAUCAAGAUCAUCAUUUGCAUCAGCUUCAUAAAAUAUUUUACUUUCCUUUCCCAAUUCCAA